AGUGUCUGUGUUGUUUUUUUUAAAUAAAUAUAACCGUUUAGUUUCCAAGUAAUAUUUUUUCAUUGAAGUCGAUUUUGUGUUGUGCGAACAAUAAAAGCAGAAAACAAUGCUGGCUAAAUAUACGAAGACAAUAUUUUCGGUCUCCGUUGCAUUUCUCGUCGUGUCCAUCGUUUUGGCUACAUGGGGAUUCCCGAAAAUCAUCAGAAAACAGAUCCAGAAGAACGUUCAGAUAUCAAACACAUCGAAGAUGUACGAUAAAUGGGUGAAGCUCCCGAUGCCUUUGGACUUCAAAAUCUACGUGUUCAAUGUGACCAACCGCGACGCUAUUAAUCAAGGAGAAAAACCGAAUCUAAAGGAAAUUGGACCCUAUGUGUACAAACAGUACAGGGAGAAAAUUAUAUUGGGUUACGGCGAUAACGAUACUAUUAAAUAUAAUCUAAAGAAAACAUUCGUGUUCGAUCCUGUAGCUUCAGGCGACCUGAGGGAAGACGACGAACUCACUGUCAUCAAUUUCUCUUACAUGGCUGCGAUUAUAUCAGUCCAAGAAAUGAUGCCAGCUGCUGUCGGAAUGAUCAACAGAGCAUUAGAACAAUUUUUCACCAACCUCACCGACCCGUUCCAGACCGUCAAAGUGAAAGAUCUCUUCUUCGAUGGCUUAUUUCUGAACUGCGAAGGAGAUAAUACAGCUUUAGAUGUACCAGAGCUGUUUCUUAUGGGUAUGACUUUGCCUUUUCAGUUUGUCACGAAAAACCUACACAAAUACAACCGGAGUGUGCCAUUGAAAUGGUUAAUCUGCGGCAAGAUUCGUGCGGAAAAGCCUCCAACGAUGAGAAUAUCGAAAAGCGCCAAUGGAUUUUAUUUCUCCAUGUUCUCUCAUAUGAACCGUACAGUCUCUGGGCCAUACGAGAUGGUUCGUGGUACUGAGAAUCUAUCGGACUUAGGGCAUGUUAUUUCAUACCAAGGAAAGCGGAUAAUGUCAGCGUGGGAUGACCAAUACUGCGGUCAGCUGAAUGGUACAGACUCGACUAUUUUCCCGCCACUCGAAGAUGGGAACAUUCCGGAGAAACUUUAUACGUUUGAACCGGACAUAUGCAGAUCGCUGUUCGCAAGUCUUGUAGGGAAAGAUACCCUUUUCAACAUCAGCACUUAUUAUUACGAAAUAUCUGACAUGACUCUGGGUUCGAAGAGCGCUAAUCCUGACAACAAAUGUUUCUGUAAAAGAAACUGGAGCGUGAAGCACGACGGAUGUCUCCUCAUGGGCGUGCUGAACUUAGCGCCUUGCCAAGGAGCUCCUGCCAUUGCUUCCUUACCGCAUUUCUACUUGGGCUCUGACGAACUAGCUGACUUUUUCGGUGACGGAAUUAAGCCUGACAAAGAGAAGCAUAACACUUAUGUUCACCUAGAUCCAAUAACUGGAGUAGUAAUAAAAGGUGUGAAACGUCUUCAGUUCAACAUAGAACUUCGCAAUGUACCAUCGGUGCCACAGCUCAAAGAAGUACCCUCAGGGCUGUUUCCUUUGCUCUGGAUUGAAGAGGGAGCGGAAAUACCAGAGUGGUUACGCAAAGAAAUAAUGGACUCGCACACGAUGCUGUGGUACGUGGAUGCUGCUCGUUGGCUCGUGCUGGCGGUGGCUGUGGUGGCGGUACUGGUGUCAGCUGCGCUCGUGGCGAGAUCAGCAGCUCUCUUACCGUGGCCUCGCAACAGCAACUCAGUCAGUUUUAUAUUAGGAAACAGUGUUAAUACAAGUAAAGUGCGUUCGUAGAUUA